CUCUCUUUCCUCGACGCGAACAGCGGCGGUAUCGACCAACAAAGCGCCGCAGGGAACGUCUCGCGCUACCUCGACUACCGACAACUCCUACUAUUUACAACUCCGGGCGUCACUUCCCCACAAUCACCGCUGUCCUCAAUGUCCGGCACAACGUGUAUCAUUUGUCUUGAAGAUGCACAAUCCCCGGUUGUCGUCCCGUGUGGCCACAUUCACUGCGAGGCGUGCCUCAUAAAAUGCAUCGAACUAUGCAACAACGCUGUCGAGUGCCCCUGCCCGACGUGUCGGGCUCCUUUUACGAUCGCGACCCUGGAUCUCCGGUUCGUGCCGCAGAAAUACCAUGCAUUCAUGCAACCUGCAGUGCGACGCGUGUAUCCUUCGCCUUCCGACGUAGUGCAGACUCUCGAAAAGCGGAAUGACAAGCUUCAGACGGACAACGCUCGGUUCCGCGAGAGGAUUGACGUCCUGAAGCGCAAGAAUGAUCACCUACAACGCGAUAAACAGCGGCUUAUGGAUACGUGCGAAGCUAGCCAAGCCGCUGUCGCUAAUUAUCGCGAGAAGGAGCGUCAGUUACGCGACGACCUCGAGACCGUCUCGGAAGAGAAUGGCGUGCUGGAGCUCGAGGUCGCUGAUUGGGAGAAGAAGUAUAGGGACGUCAAAGAGAAAUACAGCAAGCUGAAGAAGCUGCUUGCGGAAGACAAGCAGCGCCCGUCUUCAUCGCACGCUAAAAAGCGUAGCAGCACCCAAGCAGCACUUGAAUACUCGCCCGGCGAGGGGCCCUCAGAUUCGGGUGACAAGAACGAUCGCAGGCUCAUCAUACCGAUGCUAAAACGCCCACGACUGGCGGGCGGCAGACGUUCCGCGCCCAUAGACGUCGAUGCCGCGCACCGGAUCGACAACCGCGGCGCCUCCGCCUCAGGCACAGCGGUGGCAUACGUCGGCAGACGGCCGCUACCGCUGCGGCUGGGUAGCCCUUCCGUCUUCGACAUCAUUAAGGUCAGCAGCCUCGACGUCAGUCAGGAGCUUGACGACGAGGAGAGAGACGGUCCAAGCAAAGCCCGGCACUACUACCCGCACGAGAACUCUCAGCAAUCGUCUUCGCAGGCUUCUUCCUCCGGUCAGGCGCCACCACAUGCUCAGCCAUCGCACGCCACA